AUGGCCAAACGCACCACACUGGCUCUCUUGUCCCUUUGGGGCGCCUUCGCCUCCGGACAGGGCCUUCACGACCUAGCCGUCAAGAAUGGCAAGCUCUUCUUCGGAACUGCGACGGACACAAACCUUUUCAACGACGCGGCGUACAUGGCCGUCCUCAACCGCACCGGGGAGUUUGGGCUGGUCGUGCCGGAGAACAGCCAGAAGUGGGACGCAACGGAGAAGACGCAGGGGCAGUUCACCUUCACGAACCCCGAUGCUGUCCGCGCCGUCGGACAAGCCAACAAACAGAUGAUGAGGUGCCAUGCGCUGACAUGGCACUCGCAGCUCCCUUCAUUCGGCAAGUAUUUCCUCUCGAAAAACGUUGCGCGUGAACGCUUUGUUGACGAAAGCGCAGUAUCCCAAGGCACAUGGACCCCCGAGACCCUCACCCCCGUAAUCGAAGCCCACAUCUCCAACACCGUCGCCCACUUCGCCGGCGCCUGCUACUCCUGGGACGUCGUUAACGAAGCCCUGGCCGACAACGGCACACUCCGCGACAGCGUCUUCUCGCGCACCCUCGGGCAGGACUUCAUCCCCAUCUCCUUCCGCGCCGCCGCGGCCGCGGACCCCGCCGCGAAGCUUUACUACAACGACUUCAGCCUCGAGUUCAACUCCAAAAAGACGGACGGCGCGGUCAAAAUCGUGCAGGACCUCAAAGCCGCGGGCGUGAGGAUUGACGGGAUGGGGCUGCAGGCGCAUCUCGAGGUCGGCAAGACGCCGUCGCCGCAGACGCUGAGUAAGGUGAUGUCGCGGUUUACGGAUAUGGGGCUGGAGGUGGCGCUGACGGAGCUGGAUAUCCGGCAUGGCAAGGUGCCGGCGGACGAUGCGGCGGUGCAGCAGCAGGCGAUGGACUAUGCGAGCGUGGUGAAGACGUGCGUUGACGCGAAGGGGUGCGUCGGGGUCGUGGUGUGGGAGUUUACGGACAAGUACAGCUGGAUCCCGUCGACGUUCCAGGGGCAGGGGGAUGCGUGUUUGUUUGAUAAGGAUAUGAACCCGAAGCCGGCGUAUGAUAGCAUCAAGGCGGUGUUGAUGGCCGGAGCGACGAACGCGACGGUGAAGAGUACGGCCGGGUCGGCGGAGGAGUGGAGUGGGGCGGGACGGGGAGCUAUGGCCGCUGUGCAGGGGUCGGUUUCCUCUUCGGGCGCAGCGCGGUCUAGACCGCUCGGGGUUAUCUUUUCUGCGUUGGUGAUGGGCAUGAGUCUCGGCAGUUGGAUGUGA